UGUGGUGCAGAAGAAAGCACAUGAAACAACAAUGGUGGUUUCAAUCACCACUGCAACAUCUCUUCCACCAUUCCCAUUUUUCAAUCACCAACCCAUCAAACCUCCAAAUCAAGCAUCUCUACUCAUUCUUUCACCACCACCAACAACUCUUUACAUCCGCUGUCCUUCCCUAAACCGCCCAAUCUCCGCCACACCAAACGGUGUGUUUCUCCUAUCAGAAGCCAACCCACCUGAGCAGAUUGUCCCCGCCGUUAACGAUAACGGCGAUGGAGUGUCUGUGGUUAUCUCGGUUCUUCUGUCGAUUGCUUUCGUUGGCUUAUCGGUUCUCACACUUGGGGUCAUCUACAUCGGUGUGACGGAUUUCUUACAAAAAAGGGAGAAAGAGAAGUUUGAAAAAGAAGAAGCGGAGAAAGCAAAGAGAAGUGGCAAGAAGAAGAGAGUAAGACCACGAGUCGGUCCCAAAGGUUUUGGACAGAAGAUUGACAACGACGAUGAUUUGUAGAUCGUAGAAAUUUUCCACAUUAAAAUGUACAAGUGCUGAUUACAAUUGUAAACAUUAAUUUACAGAUUUGAAUGUCCAACCGAGACGCUUUGAGGCAUUAAAGAGCUAAAAAGAUAGUUGUUUUCA